GAAGAUUCCGGGGAGAUGUUCCGAGUGACAGGCUGCCGCAGCGACAUGACGGUGCGGGAGCUCAAAGAGGAGCUGGACCUAAUAGCCGGCAUCCCCUUCAACCUCCAGCGGCUCCAGUACCUGGACCAAGGAAUUUUGAUGGAUAACGCUACGCUGAAGUUCCACGAUGUUGUUCCUGGUGGAAUUAUUUCAUUACGUAUCUGGCAUUAUGAUGGAUGGACGGAACUGGUUUUGGCGGCCGUGGAAGGGGAUUCCAGCAAGCUGUCUUGCCUCGGUGUUGCCGAAGAUUCUUUCUACCGAACAACAAAUUCGCAGCAUUUUGAUGACAAGCAGUGGGAGAAGUGGAUUUCUCAGAGAGCGUUCAUGGCGCUCUGUGUUGCCUCACACAGGGGUCACUCGGAGGCUGUUCAGUACCUUCUAGAACAUGGUGCCAACUGUCAGGGCAGAUCCCCCGUGGGCAGGACGCCCCUGCACGUGGCUGCAGCCAUGAGCCGGCUGGACUGUAUCAGCCUCCUGCUCAAAUAUGGGGCCUCCAUCAACGACAGAGAUGCCAAGGGGGAGACGCCCAUGUCCCUCGCCUGCCGCCCGAACCGCAGACAGAGCAGGCGGCGGAUGUUCCUCUUCCACUGGACAGUGAAGCUGGGGACAAAGGACCCGAUGGACCCUGUCGUGAACAAGGCUUUUCAGAGAGUCAGGGCCGGGUUUGGAUCCGAGAAGGAGAACAAAACAUAGCUCCACCUGGGAAUGUUUGCAUGUCAGCUCUGACCUGGGGUAACUUUCCUGA